UGAAGCCUAAUAAGUGCUUAACUUCUCUCUCAAGCUUCUCCUUCAAUCCUCCCCAAAUUUUUUUCAAAUCCUCAUCUCAAUCAAACCCUACUUCCCUCUCUCUAAUUCCCUCCAAUGUCUUCCUUCAAAUCCCCACUUUCAUUGGCUUCAUCAGUUGACGGCAGCAGCAGCGAUCGGAUGGGUCUGUCUCACCACCCUUCCGGUGAGAUUCACGUCAUUGUUGGGCCAAUGUUCGCUGGAAAAACAACAGCUCUCCUUCGUCGAGUCAAAUCUGAGGCCAACAAUGGCAGAAAUGUUGCAAUAAUAAAGUCAAGCAAGGAUACGAGAUAUGCGGUUGACUCGGUGGUGACACAUGAUGGGACAAAGUUUCCCUGUUGGGCGUUGCCGGAUCUGUUGUCAUUUAGGCAAAAAUUUGGAGAUGAGGCUUAUGCCAAGCUGGAUGUGAUUGGCAUUGAUGAAGCUCAAUUUUUUGGCGACCUUUAUGAUUUUUGCUGCGAGGUUGCUGACCAUGAUGGGAAAACUGUAAUAGUUGCUGGGCUAGAUGGGGACUAUUUGAGAAGGACCUUUGGUUCAGUGCUUGAUAUAAUACCUAUUGCUGAUUCCAUAACCAAGCUGACAGCUCGAUGUGAGCUUUGUGGCAAGCGGGCCUUCUUUACCUUACGGAAGACUGAUGAAACAGAGACGGAGUUGAUUGGUGGUUCCAAUGUCUACAUGCCUGUGUGCCGCCAGCACUAUGUCAAUGGACAAGCUGUCAUGGAAGCAGCACGAAAUGUCCUGGAAUCUCACGGUAAAGUUCAGAGUGACUCUCAUUUGGAGGAAGUUGCAGUUGUUUAGUGUCUCUGGCUUCUUUACAGCUUAAUAUAUGUCUUUUGGCUUCUACAUAUUUCAAUCAGUUGUCCGCUUAACAUGUUGAAUUUGGAUUUUCCAGUCUUGCUAUUGUACCCUUUCUCAUAUGUAUAUAGAAGAAAGUGUCUUGCUUUCAUUAUAUAGAUAACUAGCACUUUAGUAUUUUCA